AUGGACGCUACAAUCUUUCAGAUUUUCAUCGGCGAGUUCGGCGACCCGAACUGCAGUCUCGUGGACGCGUUUCAGGAGACUUUUUUUGAUAACACAUCGUUUUCGUUAAUGGAUUUUGAUGGUCUGUAUUGCAAUGCCACCACAGACGAGAUUGGAACUUGCUGGCCAAGGAGUAGCACUGGUCGAAUCGUGGAAAGACCGUGUCCAGAGUACAUAAAUGGAGUCAAAUACAACACCUCGAGAAAUGCAUACAGGGAAUGCUUGGAUAAUGGGACCUGGGCCUUCAAGAGUAACUACUCCAGCUGUGAACCCAUCUUGGAGGAAAAGAGGAAGUAUCCAAUGCAUUACAAGAUUGCCCUGAUUAUAAACUACUUAGGUCACUGUAUAUCUGUGGGGGCACUUAUUGUGGCCUUUAUACUCUUCCUAUGCUUGAGGAGUAUUAGGUGCCUUCGCAACAUAAUUCACUGGAACCUGAUCACCACAUUCAUCUUGAGGAACGUCAUGUGGUUUCUCCUUCAGCUGAUCGACCACAAUAUUCACGAGAGCAAUGAGCCCUGGUGUCGCCUUAUCACAACAAUAUACAAUUACUUUGUGGUGACCAAUUUUUUCUGGAUGUUUGUGGAGGGAUGCUAUCUUCACACUGCCAUUGUGAUGACAUAUUCCACAGACAAGCUAAGGAAAUGGGUGUUCCUUUUCAUUGGGUGGUGUAUUCCAUGUCCAAUAAUUGUGGCUUGGGCUAUAGGCAAGCUUUACAAUGAAAAUGAACAAUGCUGGUUUGGAAAGGAACCUGGGAAGUAUAUUGACUACAUUUAUCAAGGGCCUGUAAUUCUUGUGCUAUUGAUAAAUUUUGUUUUCCUGUUCAACAUCGUGAGGAUCCUUAUGACCAAGCUGAGGGCCUCAACCACCUCUGAAACGAUACAGUAUAGAAAAGCUGUGAAGGCGACGUUGGUUUUGUUGCCCCUGCUGGGAAUCACCUACAUGCUGUUUUUCGUCAAUCCCGGGGAAGACGACAUCUCUCAGAUAGUAUUUAUUUAUUUCAAUUCUUUUUUGCAGUCAUUUCAGGGGUUCUUCGUGUCAGUAUUUUACUGCUUCCUUAAUGGGGAGGUACGCUCCGCGGCCAGGAAGAGAUGGCAUCGCUGGCAGGACAACCACGCUCUGCGGGUCCGAGUGGCUCGAGCAAUGUCUAUCCCCACCUCCCCCACCCGAAUAAGCUUCCACAGCAUAAAGCAGACAACCGCCGUGUGA